AUGUCACUCAGCGGCGCUCGGAGUCCAACGACGCCGGAGGCCGACCUGGAGAGCCUCCAGUGUCACUUCACAUGGAACCUGAACCCGCCCAGAUCCAAACUGUUCCUUCUCAGGGAUAAGCUGGAAGACAUUGGCACUGUGGAGGGAUACAGCUGGCUGGGACAUAUUUACAACUUGCAGGGUUACAUACACUACCAACUGGGAAGCACGAAAGAUGCCCUGCGUUUCUUCGGCAGGGCUGCAGAGGCUUUGCGUCAGAUGAGAAAUACCGUCUCCGAGGAGGGCCCUUGGCUCGUGGUCAACUACGGGAACUUGGCUUGGCUGCACUACCACAUGGGAAAACUGGCAGAAAGUCAAACGUACCUGUCCAAGGUCGCUGACCUUCUGAUCGAAUAUCCUUCUCCAUGUCACGAGGAACUCCACUCAGAGAUCUGUGCUGAAAAGGCCUGGGCCCUGAUGAAAUUUGGAGAAGACAAUACCCUCCUGGCGGUGCACUAUUUUCAGCGAGCCAUCAGGAUGCAGCCGGACAUAACUGAGUGGCACACCAGUCACGUCUUAGCAUUAGUCAGCACUUCUCGGCUUUAUAAAACCCGACUCGAUGCGAACACUUUUGAGAAAAUGAAAAUAGCUCGGAAACACGACCCGAAAAAUCUCUACCUGUCAACAAUUUACCUCGCGGCUUGUGCUGGCAGGGGAAGAAGAAUUGAAGGCGAAGCCUGCCGAUUGGCGAAGAACAUUUUGAAAAAGCCUGUCAGCAGCUACAGUGGCAUCAAACCCUUGCUUAAACUGUACAGAGUGUAUAUGUCAAUUGAUGAAGCUCUUGACUUGGCAGAGGAAGCUCUUGAGAGACAUCCAGGAGAGCGUUAUCUGAAGAGGUGUGCGGCAAUCUGCUACAAAAAGAAAAUCCUGUCACACGGGGACAUUCCGCAGGAACAAAUCGUGAUCGACAAGGCAAUCAGCCUCUACACAGAAGUUAUUGCGCUCUACCAUCAAUCGUCCCUCAAAAGAAAAAUAACCCUCGCAACCAUAUACGUAAAGUCAACUCACAACCGAGCUAAAGCUGGCGAGAUGUUCGAGGAACUGCUACACCAGAGCGAUCAGGAACCUGGAGACAGGCAGAUGCUUUAUAACUACUAUGCAAAAUAUUUACAUCUCACUCAGAAGCAGAGCUACAAGUCCAUCGAAUAUUACAUGAGGGCAGCGGCAAUACAGCAUCCAUCGGUCUAUCGUGUAAACAGCAUCCAAAUUCUCGAGAAAAUUCGAGAAAGGAACAGAAACCGAAUGUGCGCAGAAAUAGAGGACUUUCUCCACGACCUACCAGACUGA